AUGGUUGAUUUUGAAGGAAUGUUUCAGGGUUCCCUGUUUUUCGUCUCGGGUGUUGUUGUCAUCAUUGCGAUUGUUGGACUUGUCUACUUCAUUUCUUGGUUGUUUGACCGUACAUCAGGUGAAGAUCUACUGACACCAGAUGAGCUAGAAGCGAGAAGGGUUGCUCCAAUAUUGGUACGACAGGCAGGGUUAGCUGGACUUCUCAAAGACGAACAGACAAAAGUGAUAAGGUAUCAUUUUGAAGCAAAUUCGUUUCCAUUUGUGAAAGAAACCAACGUGACGAAGGCAUCAAAGGAUGAAUCAUUAAAGAAGACAACGGAGGCUUCCAGCAGUAACGAUGAAAACCUGGAGAAGACUGAAGAAUCGAGUGUCGUUGUAGACAAAGAAGCUGUAAAUGUGGACGGGGGUGAGACUGAUGAUCCGGCAUCUGACGAUGCUGAGAAGGAAGAACAGGCUGACGAUGAAGCUGAAACUUCAAAGAUUGACGAGGUUGAGGAGAGUAAAGAUGGAGACAUUGAGGAAGGAAAAGCUGAGUCCACAAUUACAACAUCAAUAGUCAAAUCGGAAGAAUCGAGCGAGGAUGAUUCUCCGGAGAUAACUGAAACCAAAACUGACAAAGAUGAGAAGGAUGACUUAGAGUCCAAAGCCGAUACGAAAGAAGAUAUCGUCGACAGCGACGAAAAUUCAGACGAAGAAAACAAGGACGAGCCAAAUCAAGGCCCUGAAUCGAAGGAGGCGUCAGCUGCAAUUUCUGAUGAUUUAGAAGAAGCAGAGGAAGGCAUUUGCUCCAUCUGCCUUGAAGAUUAUGAGCAUGGAGAAAAGGUAGUCAUUGGUAGCUCGUGCGGUCACAUGUUCCAUCUCGCGUGUUUUAUGGAGUGGGUGGAAAAGAAACACCUCAACUGUCCCAUUUGCCGGUCCGAUAUGAUCACCCCUGAUGAGUUCACAGCCUCCUCCUAUCAAGUUCUCGGUGAAGCCCGAGUGGACAAGAUUCGAGGAAUCAAUGAAGAAGCUGCUAGACGACUGGAAGCAUGGAGUAUAAAGAACCAAGAGGAAAUCCAACAGCGGCAGCAAGCAGCUGCAGCGGCAGCAGAGCCAGAAGCUUCCACUGAGGAACAAGCUGCGACCACUGAAACGGAAACUGACGUUGAAACGGGAAAAGUUGGAGCUGAAGCUGAAGGGGAAGCAAAACCAGAGAUCGAAACCGAAAUUGAAGGGGGCAAAACGAUUCCUGAAAACAAUAACAUCGUUACCACGUCCUCGGAUGUUUCAGCUUAG